AUGGCAGUGCCUUCGAUACAACACACAGCGACAGCGAUACCGCGAUUUCUUUUGCCCCAGUUCUCAUGGGCCCCCCGAACAGUUAGACCAGCAGCAUCGGUUGUUUUGGAAAGAAGGCGUCAUCACACUCGAUCCUCCCAGGCCCCUCCACGACGCACAGCGAGUCCAAUCGCUACGGCGCUUCAGCAACACACAACACAGGCAUGGCGGAAAAGCUCGCCACAAUACGCAGCCGGCUAUGCAUCUGCGCGAGAGUUCAGCGCAACAGCAAAGCAGGCGAAGGACCACCAUUUCGAUACAUUGAAGUUCGUGCAGAGGAUGAAGGAGGAGGGGUUCACCGACGAGCAAGCCGAGGGCAUGAUGAGAGUGCUGAGCGACGUUAUUGAGGAGAGCAUUCAAAACCUGACGCGCACAAUGGUGCUCCGCGAAGACCAAGAAAAAGCUACCUACACGCAAAAAGUCGACUUCGCUAAACUCCGCUCUGAGCUUCUCACGGCAGAUAGCACGGAAUCAUCGCUCACGCGCGCCUCGCACGAGCGCCUUACCAACGAGCUCGCUAAGCUGAAUUCGCGGCUCAGGGAUGAGAUUCAGCGCACGCAGGCGAGUGUGCGGCUGGAUUUGAAUCUGGAGAAGGGCCGCAUACGCGAGGAGGCGAAUGUUCAGGAGCUCAAGUUGAAGGAGACGGAGACGCGGAUUGAGCAGGAGACGGCGCAGUUGAGGGAGAGGUUGGAGGCGGUUAAGUUUUCGACGUUACAGUGGUUGAUGGGGGUUUGUACGGGUACGGCGGCGCUCAUGUUGGGUGUUUGGCGCUUGUUGAUGUGA